UGCAAUCGUACGAUGAUGGUGCCCCAUCGAAUGCUCUAAUUGCCGAAGUCGAUUAUUAGUUUAUGAGUGAGGAGGGAUUUCUUUAAUUUGUGGGCGGGGUUUGUGGAGUCGUUUGGGCGGUGGCUCUAUGCCAAAGUCAGCCCCGGUUGUCGUCCAGAUUCAGGAGCUUCUACCGAAUGUACUGUUGUGUAUUUUGUGGAUGUGGUUUCAACUACGCAGUGUACACGAUACUGACGAGAGAGGACAUCGACUACUUCCCUAACUAAUGUUUGGGAAACUGUCAGGUUACUGUAUCAAGUUGAUCUACCCGUCUGAAAUUCGGUCUGCACAGCCAUCAUGGAAAGGAAUAUUUCACCGGGGCUUUUCCAUUUACAACUGCCUUUCAAUAAACCAGACUUGAAAAAAGACGCUUUCAAGAUGAAGCUGCUCGACAUUGAAGCAGACCUAGUGGAGCGAAAAGGCCGACCUGAGGAACUUGCCAUCCUCAAUCUGAUUGGUCUGUUCAAAUGCCGGCUCGAAUGCUACAAGGAUGCUGAAGAAAAGUUCCGUGAUGUCCUCUCUAAGGAUGAACACAACCUCAACGCUCUAGCAAACAUGCAGUAUGUUUUGGAUAAACUUUACAGGACAGUAGAAGGUAAAAGGUUCAAAAAGAAACUUGACAUGUUCCUAAGUAAGUCUACGGAGGAUGCAGUCAGUGUUAGGAUGAGAGCAAGGUGCUUAGCAGAGCAGGCAUAUGCUUAUGCUUGCGAUAUGCACACAGAUCGUGACAGCGUUGGUAAAGAGUGGUUCAUAGAAUCGAAUGAUAUCUUCCAAAGGACACUGGAGCUUGGUGGUGAUCUGGUAGAGACGGCGGAGAAGGACUUUUGGAAAUUCUGCAUUGCCAAGAACGCGCAUAAGAUUUUCGACAGGUUAAGCUUCGGUGAACAUCGCGUUCAAGCCACAGACUACAUGGACACAGCUAUCGGGAUCUUCUAUGAAAUAACACAGAAGGAUCCCGGUGAUUCCAAAUACCAAGGCGAAAGUUGGCGCCAUUUGGGAGACAUUCUCCGCAAGGUUCAGAUGAGGAAGCACUGCAGUUCUGCCCAUUUGCCGGACGAUCUGAAAAAGUACGUUGCAGACCCGGAGCUAUGCAUGAAGAAAGCACUCGAGUGUGACCCGGACAAUCCGAGGAUCCUAGCCCGCUACGCUAACUUUGUGUAUCACCUCAGGCAUUACACAAAAGAGGCACUGAGAUUGCUGGAUAAGUCGAUCACACUAGACAACAGCGACUACAAUUUCUACGCUUUCAGUACGAGAGGAACAGUUCGGCUGAAGUUCUACAAAUGGAAGAUGCGAAUGGCUGAGUUAGAUAAUAAACGGCACUCCAAACCAGAUCGAAGCGUGCUAGAACUCGCAAAAAUUGAUAUGGAGAGGGCAAUUGACAUACGCCAUGCGUCGUGGGACUUGCUAAAUGUCGCGGACGUGUAUCACCUUUUGGUCCAGUGUGACCCAGAUGAGCCCAAGGAGUCAAAACGGCAAUACCUGGAGAAGGAGUUCGAGUACUUGAAAAAGGCUGCAGAUUGUGAGGACGGUAACCGGUUAAUUUCAGUGAAACGCUUGCUGGGGCGCUGCCUAUUUGACUUGGGUCACUAUCGCGAGUCCAUUCAGCUGUAUGAUGAAAUUUUGAAUUUGGAGUCAGCCACUUCGCAGUAUACAGGUUAUUUCUAUGAACAAUUCCGCAGUUAUUUGUGCCUACUGCAGAGCGAUCCGAAGGAUGAUUCCCCCUUGGAGGAGAUGGCCCAGUCCUUGAGGCAGGCCGUUGAAAAGUAUGGGACGAGCGCCCUCAUCAAGAACGUCUUUGGCACAUUGAGAGUAGAGUACAAACACGAGGUUCAGGUCUUCAGCGACUACUGUAAAACAAUCCCGGGCCACGACAGUCUCUUGUUUGUGCUGACUUCUAACGAACCACCGUCCCCUCUUACCCCACCUCCUCGCCCUGGUGGGUUACUCAAGGAGUCUUGGGAAAGCCCAGAGAAAGAGAAAGAGGAUCACGGUGUUGGAGAGCCCAAAAAGGAAAAUCCCAAGACCUUGGACAGUCUGUCUCCGGUCGUACCAUCUGAACAUACUCCUAGCCUGAUUGAUGCCGGCAAAGAUGUGGCCCCCUCACCAGAUAGUGGGCUCGAAGCACCCAACCAAUACCCAGAUGAACAAGCAAGUCAAGCUACUGUAUCAGCAGUGGCAUCCAACCAAACCCCAGAUAAGCUAGCAGAUGGGGCUGCCGCAUCACUAGUGGAGGGAAUAAGAAGCAUGGCCAUUACAGAUUCACCACCUGAAAAGGGCUGUGGUCGGAAAGAUUUUGACUUCUUUGUGGUACACACGGCAAGUGACGCAGAGUGGGUGCACGAAGAAUUGCUUCCCAAGUUGGGGAUCAGAAAAUUAAAGGGGUGCACAACCCAAGAAUAUGCCCUAGCAGGUUCCUUCGUCCUUAGCAAUGAGUUGCAUUUGAUGGAAAGCAGUGCGUGUAUUUUGUUCGUCCUUACAAGUGGUUUCGAAACGGAGUGCGAGUUUCUCAUGCAUCAUGCUCUGAAACUCAAGAAAGCCGGUCACGUCAUUUUCCCGCUUCGAAGGGGCAAAUCUGCAGUUCCACGGGAGCUUCAAGAUAUCCUCUUUUGCUUCGAUGCUACUCGGGAGAGAGUAAAUUGGGAUAAAUUAGCUCAAGACAUUAAGCGUCAGAUCGAUGCAGCUAAGGAAUUGCCCGUGCAUGAUUAGGCCACCAGAGGUACAAAAAAACAUACACUCCAGUACUGUUAUAGAGUGCUCAGCAGGUGCCGGCGUCGUUCUUCACAAACGAAGAUACACCACCCAAUGAUGAUGUCCGUUGCCACUGAUGUGUCCAGCGCCAUUUUUAGUUCCUGAACUUAGUCCAUCCCUGCUAAGCACUGCAGGCUUACCACUGAGCUCCCCACUACAAUACCACCGGCUAAUUCAACCACCGAGUUCAUGAACAUGCGUACAACAAUAUGCACAUUUUUUAGUGGGUUUUUCCCUUGGCCGGCGUAUUUUAUAGAGACUGUACACUCAGUGCUUGCGAGAAAAACUAUCACAAGCUUAAUCAAGUGGGACUCGAACCCACGACCUCCUGCUUACUAGUGCAGACGUCUUACCACUCGACCACCGCGCUUUCCCGGUUCGGCUGGCCGGUUCGAGUCUGAUGAUGCGGGUACCACAACCGAACUUUAAAAAAAUACGUCGUCGAAGUGCAAAUCCCAAUAUAAAAUUUACAUCUCCCUGACGCAAAUUCCAUCUUAUAAACAAAAAACAAUGUAGACUUGAGGACGAGUCGCUAGACAGUCGUGUUUUGUCCGUCGCCGCCACUAAUAUCUAUAAGCGCGCCGCUGUAUCUUAUGACCGGGUCUCGACGCGCGUGAUACCUACUUUAAAAGAACGAUUUAGGACGGAUAUUCAUAAUAUGCGACCACUAUAGCGCAAUGCAUGUACAUUACAUUUCCAAAAAAGAGGACCAAUUGGUGGCAGUCUAGCUGUACCCAUGGAGAAGCAUCCGUGUUAUAGCUUCUAUUGCAAGCUCACCAACAACUCAGACUAAGUAUUUAUCUUCAAACCAUAACGCUAAUUCAUUGCGAUCAAUCAGUGCGUUGUCAUUCUUACUACCUCUUUCGCGAGGUAAACGUUAAAUAAGUAUUUACCCGUCUCGAUAGACGGAGCUGCUAGAAGAAGUUUGCUAAGCACACAAAAUAUUUGCUCACUAGUAAAACAUGUUACCAGCCAAAGCUUCAUGCAGUUUAUGUAUUUUUUGUUGUAAUUGGUACUCAGCUGAUUGGUGCUUAGUACCAAAUUAAAUUGCUAAACAUUUUCAGCGAAGUGCACAUGCGCAGAAGCAGGAGGUAUACGGGUAGGCAAGAAUUACAAUUUAGCCUAGUGUGGGUGCAAAACGUUCUUAGCUGGGUAGUUCACGAUAGACAGUACAUCCUUUGUACCGCGCAGCAGCAUGAGGUUCCCAUUCGCGAACCUGACUCUGAAGUCGACGAACCGCACACAAAGUGCUUUGGAUUGCAGGCCAGUAAAUAGACUGCAUACAUAGACCUCAGUGAUAAAUACGCGCAUUUCCAAAAAAAUAUU